ACUGUACAAAUCACAGUCCCUAAUUCAAAUUUUUUUUGAGCCCUAUAAAGCUAUAACGCGCCACUGUGUAAUAUAUUCUAUAUAUUCAUCCAAUUAUUAAAAAUUAAUUAGUAGAGUAUACACUUUACACAUAAGUACAUAAUGUCACUAUAAAAUAUAAUAAUAAUUAAUUAAAUACUUAUUUAUUCUCUGGGAAAUCUAAAGAUAUUAUCAAAAAACUUCUUACGAGUUCACUGCAAACAAAUUUUAAAUAAGAUUUUUAUCCUUGAACCGCUUAUCAGUUAAUUAAAUGUCAGGAACAAAGGUCGCAUGUAUUACAGCAUUUAAUUUUAUCUCAAUGUAUUUGCGAUUCCGAUUGAUGGAUAUGUUUGUAUUUUAAAAGUUUUAACUAUCGAUAGAUGAAUGAUGCUCUGGACAUCUUGCCUGUGCUUUAGUUUAUUAAUAUUUGUGAAAAUCUCGACAGCCAAACAGAUGCUUCGAAUCGAAGGAUUAAAAUUCUUUCCUCCUCAUCUGGAAGAGGGUCAAUUGAAUAACGUGAACGUGAUAACGUUUAGCAUACUCUAUUCACAAGAAUAUAAUUCAUCUCAUCCGGAUGAAUGGAAGAAUCAAUCGAAAGCAUUAAAAUGGGACACGUCGAGCGCACAGAUGUUGAUCUUUGAAAUUAAUUCAAAAUUCCCUCAGCUAGUGGAAAUCGUGGAGAAUUCCUGUAUUGAAUUACAACCUUCCGAAAUGGAUAAUAAUUUCACCUUUACUAUUAAAAACUUGAGGAUAGGUCAUAAUCAAUUGUUAUGGACUCUUAAACGGAAAUGCUUCUUUAGAUUCAAUUGCAGCGAAUGCGAAAAUAGUUUUAAUUGUUUAAAUAAUGAAAUUAACGAAAUAUCUGGGAUUUAUGUUAUGAAUAUAAUCAAGAAACAUACUACUAUCCACAAUGUUUUUAUUAUAAUCGUAUUGGCAUUAGUGCUCCUCAACAAUAUCAACAUGGGUUGUCAUUUGUCAAUUGAAGACAUUAAAGGAGUGUUAAAGAAACCAACGGCCGCCAUCAUUGGUUUGGGAUGUCAAUUCCUCUUUAUGCCCUUGGCUUCUUUCGGAUUCGGAAAAUUGCUACUUUCAGACUACAGUUUGCGACUGGGACUUUUUGUUCUAGGUUGUUCUCCUGGAGGAACUGUAAGCAAUUUUUGGACCUUGAUAUUCGGAGGUGAUCUAGAAUUAAGUGUCACUAUGACAUUUGUCAGCACUAUAGCUUCUAUAGGUAUGAUGCCACUAUGGAUAUUUACGUUGGGAGGUACAAUAUUUAGAGACGGAGUGUUGCAGGUGCCAUAUAAAAGUAUAGUUUUAUCCUUAUUAGGAUUAAGUAUUCCAGUCGGUUUGGGACUCCUUUUACAAAAAUACAGACCCGUAUGUGCAGAAAAAUUAAGAAAAAUAUCACGUCCCUUUACUGUGAUCUGUCUGACAGUUGGCAUCUCUAUUGGAAUUUAUAGCUACCUGCACAUUUUUUUCUUGUUUAAUUGGAAUGUCUUUAUAGCAGCUACAGCAGUAGCUUGGAGCGGUUAUGCUUUUGGGGCGAUGUUUGCUUGGUUAGCAAGACUUACUAGACAACAAAUUUUGGCAGUUUCAAUCGAAACUGCGUUGCAAAAUGCUAGCGUGGCCUUCAUCCUGUUACAUCUUUCUGUACCACAACCGGAUGUAGAUUUAACAGCUGUACCUAUAGUAGCACAACUUUUAGUUACCGCUGCACCUCUUUGGUUUGGUUUAAUUGCAUUUUUUAUAAAUAAACAAAUAAAAAAGCAAAAAACUUUAAAGGCAACAUAUAAUAUUCGUUUAAAUAAAAUCAUUUCCAGGACAGAUCCACGCAUGAAGCAAGAUGUCGUACAAGAUUAUGUCACUAAUAUUUAGAUCUGUUUUUUAAAGAUUUUAAACUUAGAUUGGAUAGAAUUCAAUAAUCUAUUACUUAUUGAAAUUCGUAAAAAUAUAUAUAAAUUUGAAUAAAUUAUACUGUAAAAUGUAUAUAGUUUAUUGAGUAAAUUAAAUUUUCAUUUAUUUUUAAAAA